AUGGCGAGUUCCGGUUCGCGUGCUGACGUGGCACAAGGGGCAGCAGCAUGGCAGCAGGGUCGAGCUAGGCAUCAGCAGCCGGAGAUUAAGAAGCUUCCUCUCGUCGACGAAUCGUACGCGCUUCCUCUCUCUCGACUUCGUGCCAAUGCUCUCGCUCCCUGUGUAGCCGGUUCACGCCCUCUUCCGCGUCGCUUCCUUUCCUUCAGUAAAGGGUCGUGGUCGGUUGAACAUCGAGCUGCACGGGUACCCGAAGCUGGAAGCUUCUGUCUUAUCUUCAUUCAUCACUUCCCCCGUCACCCUUUUCCUUCCUCCCCCUCAAGUGGUCGGUUGAACAUCGAGCUGCACGGGUACCCGAAGCUGGAAGCUUCUGUCUUAUCUUCAUUCAUCACUUCCCCCGUCACCCUUUUCCUUCCUCCCCCUCAAAUCAGUGGUCGGUUGAACAUUGAGCUGCACGAGUACCCGAAGCUGGAAGCUUCUGUCUUAUCUUCAUUCAUCACUUCCCCCGUCACCCUUUUCCUUCCUCCCCCUCAAAUCAGUGGUCGGUUGAACAUCGAGCUGCACGGGUACCCGAAGCUGGAAGCUUCUGUCUUAUCUUCAUUCAUCACUUCCCCCGUCACCCUUUUCCUUCCUCCCCCUCAAAUCAGUGGUCGGUUGAACAUCGAGCUGCACGGGUACCCGAAGCUGGAAGCUUCUGUCUUAUCUUCAUUCAUCACUUCCCCCGUCACCCUUUUCCUUCCUCCCCCUCAAAUCAGUGGUCGGUUGAACAUCGAGCUGCACGGGUACCCGAAGCUGGAAGCUUCUGUCUUAUCUUCAUUCAUCACUUCCCCCGUCACCCUUUUCCUUCCUCCCCCUCAAAUCAGUGGUCGGUUGAACAUCGAGCUGCACGGAGGCCGACUGAACAUCGAGCUGCAUGGUUAUCCGAAGCUGAACGUCUACUUCGUUGACCUCUUCCACACCCUGGUCAACAUGCCGCUCAAGCGCUUCUCAGUGGUGCUCGUGGCGGCCUAUGCGGCCCUCUUUGUCACCUUCGCCAUCCCCUUCCUCGCGUUUGUAAGCUUUCUCCCUUCCCCAUUCCCCUCCCACACUUCCCUCGCUCUGAUUGCUCUCUUCCUGCAUUUUCCGUCACUGUUCAUGGUGCCCUAUGCUGCCCUCUUCGUUACCUUCGCCAUCCCCUUCCUCGCAUUCGUAAGCCGUUUCAUUCGCCUUCCUACAGUAUCCUCCUUCCUUGCUUCGUUUGCUCUCUAA